AUGGCAAUCUUCCUCCUGGUGGCGCUCUCCACCUCCCACAUCGCGUCCUCACUCCGCCCUGGUCUCGGUGUCUGCCGUGCAAGUGGCUACCUUCCAGGAAAGUCGGGCAACUGUGAGAAGAGCAACGACCCGGACUGUUGCGAGGAUGGCAAGAGGUACCCGCAGUACCACUGCUCGCCGCCGGUCACCGCGACCACCAAGGCCGUCUUGACGCUCAACAGCUUUGAGAAGGGCAAGGACGGCGGCGGUCCGUCGGAGUGUGACAACGCCUACCAUAGCGACAAGGAGAUGGUAGUCGCGCUCUCCACCGGCUGGUUCAAGAACAUGGCCCGUUGCGGGCACCGCAUCAAGAUCACCGCCAAUGGCAAGUCCGUGUAUGCCAAGGUGGUGGACGAGUGCGACUCCGUCUAUGGCUGCGACGAAGACCACAACUACGAGCCCCCGUGUGCCGACAACAUCGUCGACGCGUCUCCUGCGGUGUGGAAUGCCUUGGGGCUUGACCAGAAUGUCGGCAUGGAGGGAAUCACUUGGUCUGAUGAGUGAGUUUCUAAAACAAAGGUGAGCGCAGGUUAUUGGUACCUCUUGUCGGUCCAGUGUCAUGUAUAUAUUUUUCGUUCUUAUAGGGAAGUCCAGUGUACACAUAUCCUAUACUCGGGAGGCUUAUCAGAUUAUGUAUAUGAUUUCAUGAAUUUAUAGAAGAAACGGUGCUACCUAUGGUUUAGCACGGAUGACAA